UUGUGAACUCAGCCGUCGACGGACGUGUGCGUUCGCCAAAAGAAACCGAGCAACAAGAACGAUCCACGAGAUACAGAUACUCCGAUAUCGAAGCAGUGAAAGUGUGCCGCACCAGAGACACAGAUACAAAACAAAAAACAAAUAAAACACAGAUAGAGAUCGAGAUUAGCCCGAGCGAUAUAUAAAACCAUGGAGGGCCUGCCGCGCGCAUUAAACUACGAACUGUCGCACGAUUUGCAUUUCGACCAUUACGCCGGUCCAGCCGCCCAGAAGAUUCUGAAUAGCGGUAGAAAUACUCCCGAAGCCUCAACGCCAACAAUCACCACUUUGGACUCCUUUGCCGGCAGUGACUUCCUCAAGCAAAUCGGAGCCCAGAUCCUCAGUUCCAUCCAACUGAAGCAUCAGCAGCAACUCGGAGCAGUUAACCACCAGCAAAACUCCACCAGCGAAGAGAUAAUGGACUUCGAUCUGGCCAAUCGCGUAGUGCUGGACAGCAGCAGUGUGGACCAACUGCAGCAGCAGCUGGAGUACGACAAAUUCAUGAACGAGGUGUGGAUCGGCAUCGUCUUCACCCUGAUCCUCAUCUCGAUGGUCUUCUGCAUCUGCUCCUGCUUCCUGUACCACCAAUUUCGAACCUGGAAACGCAAUUAUCGCAACAAUGCAAAUGGCUCCACGCAGUGCACCGUUGUGGAUAUCGAGGCGUUGAAACUGCAUCCGGAAGCGGAGGAUCCGGUGCCGGAGUACACCCUAGUAUCCGGAUUGCCCAGCUACGAGGCGGCUCUGGAGCUGCUGCAGAAAUCCCCUCAGUCAUCCUGCCUGAUUGUCUACCCGAGUGUGUUUAAUGUGUUCAAUAAGCAGGAUAGGAGCAGCCAGAACCUGCUAACUGCAACAUCAGCAGCUCCGGCCGCAGUUGCCGAGAAUUUGGUAACACCGCAAGCACCUUCGUACUGUGAGGCCACAAUGCCGCUGCUCCCAGCAACACCAACACCCACAACAGCAACACCAGCAACUGCAACUCCAGCAACAGCAACAGCAAUAACAGCAACAUCAGCAACAACAGCAACAUCGCCCACGUGCGAGGCGAUUAAGCCGAACUUUGUGAUGAUGCCAAUUGUGCCCAGUUAUGCGGAGGUAUUCGGCAGCUCGUACAAAACCGUCGACGAGAAAAAGAAAUCGAAGGCAUCGAAAGACAGCCAGGUGAAAGACGAUGUCAAGCGGUAAUUCCAAUCUCACGGAUGCGAAUGCCGAACCGCACGACUGAGCUCUGUGAUAUUUUCAUUCAUGCUGGAAACACAUACUUCAUGUAAUUAAACUAAGCGCUGUGAUUAUCAAAAAGACGUUACUAAACACACUACUCGCUACUAAAUGUGUUAGCUAGUUAGUUCCACCAGAUUGUACUUAAGCAAUUUGUAUGCAGUACUUAUCGCUACUUGAAAGGGAGAACAAGUAUAUGUUAUUAGACUUAAGUAGGCCACAAACUAAUUAUUAAUAAAUUAUUCGUGAGAAAUACUUAACAAAUCAAA